AUGGAAGAGGACAAGGGCAUGCCUAUCCUCUUUGGUAAGCUUUUUAGCACCGGUGAUAUUGUGAUUGAGACUAAGACAAAUAUGCUCAUAUUUCGAGUAUAUGGCUUGAAGUCAUUUCUUGGAGAAGAAAAGCUCAAGGAAUUGAUUAACUUCUCUCUCCACUACAUAGCUGACUUGGACAUCCCCAUUAAAAGGGGAACAUUUAUUGAAUUCCGAAAUGGUAUGCUUAAUGUAUUUCCCAUUGGAAGAAACUGCAGUCAGGAAGAACGAGAUGAGUUUGAAAAGUAUGAUAAGAUUCACAACGUUCGCCCCAAAAUGGUGUCUGUGCUCCGUGAGAAGUUUGCGCAGUAUAACCUAACAUUUUCCAUUGGUGGACAAAUCAGUUUUGAUGUAAGCAAUUUCAUCUGUGUUUGCUAUAUUUCCAUUAAAUGUAGUGUGUACCUGAGCAAAAUGUUUCCGGCAGGUUUUUCUCCAAGGCUGGAUAAAACAUAUUGCUUGAAAUACCUGGAAGAGUUUCAAGAAGUUCACUUCUUCGGAGACAAGACCUACAAGGGAGGAAAUGACUAUGAGAUAUUUGAGUCGGAGAGGACCAAUGGCCACACGGUUACUAGCCCCGAGGACAUAAUAAAUCAGUGUACGAAACUCUUCCUGAGCUAGCAAGGUGGAUGGCCCCUGAUUUCCAACACUUAAAGUUCUGUGAGCUUUUGAGAUUCGUGGACCUCGGAGAAAACCCAGAACUUGAAGUUCUACCAGCUGCAAGUGCAAAGCGCCAGGAUAUACAGAUUCUUCUUUUCUAUAUUAUCAGACAUUGUACACUUAUUGUAUGAGUGACAGAUUUGUAUGAGUGA